AAGGUGUGCUCGUUCCUGUUUCCGAUACUUCCCGGCUUUCUGAAGCCACUCGGUGGAAUCUUGAUUGUUUAACACCGCCUAUUCUGUAGAAAAUAAGUUAUAAAUCGAACAUACCUUGGUAAGCUAUCGUUUGGUGUUGUGUAUCCAUAAUUUCACGAAAACGAUCUUUACAGAUAUUUCCAAUUACCGGUAAUUGGCCGACCAGACAAACGUCAAAAAUGACCCACGGGUUUCAUUAUUGCAGAAACACAGAUAUCUGAGGUGGAGACACUCGUGGUUUUAUAAAGCUAAAAAAAAACCUGUGCAGAAAUGAAGAUCACAGACGGCGUGCUGCGGAGUUUCAGGGUUGCCAGGACAUAUGGAGAAAAUUCAAAGAAAGUCAACUGUGUGGAUUUCAGCCCAAAUGGCGAAAAUGCAAUAUCAAGCAGUGACGACGACUGCAUUGUGUUAUAUGACAUCCGGGAAGGAAAACCUCAGAGGACCCUGUACAGCAAGAAGUAUGGAGUGGACCUGAUUCGCUACACACAUGAAGAUACACAGACAGUGGUCUACAGCUCCAAUAAACUGGACGAUACCAUCAGAUACCUGUCACUCAGUGAUAACAAGUUUAUCAGGUAUUUCCCGGGUCACACUGCAAGAGUUAUCUCUCUUUCCAUGUCACCAGUGGAUGAUACAUUUAUCUCUGGCUCAUUAGAUAAGACAAUCCGAAUCUGGGACCUGCGCUCUCCAAACUGUCGGGGUCUUACUAAUCCACUGGGUAAACCUGUAUGUUCCUUUGACCCUGAUGGUCUGAUAUUUGCUGCUGGGGUAGAAUCUCAGGCCAUUACGUUGUAUGACCUUCGUGCUUUUGACAAGGGUCCUUUUGCCUCUUUUGAAACAAGGUUUAAUCGUGCCUGCGACUGGACGGGACUCCGAUUCAGUAACGAUGGGAAACAGAUUCUCAUCUCAACCAAUGGAGGAAUGAUUCGCAUUCUGAACGCCUUCAAUGGAUCUGUGCUACACACCUUUUCUGGCUACAAUAACAGUAAAGGCAUUCCCCUUGAGGCCUGCUUUACUCCUGACUCACAGUUUGUCAUGAUAGGUUCGGAGGACGGGAGAGUCCACGUUUGGAGCACGGAGAGCGGAAUGAAGGUGGCUGUGCUUGAUGGGAAACAUCCGGGACCCAUCAACACUCUGCAGUUUAACCCCAGAUACAUGACAUUUGCCAGCGCCUGCACUCAAAUGAUGUUUUGGCUCCCGUGUGUGGAUGUGCUAUAGAUGGGCGUUGCCAAAGUGAGAACUUUUUAAAAACACAUAAAAGCCAUGCAAGAUGUCUGUACAUUUUAGACUGGGAUCCCCUUUAUCAGAAUAGAAAAUGUCUUAUUUGUUUGUUUGUUUUUUAAUUAUUACUGGCAGUAUUUAAAACUUAAAAGGUUGAUCCAACUGUGACAGAAUCCCAUAUAUGUAACUCCUGUGAGGAAUAUUUUUUUAAACUCCUGUUGGGUUCAUUUUAUUGUGUGAAGAUUUGACCUGAAAUUGUGUUUUUAUUGUUCCUUGUUUCAACAUUUCAUAAUAAACCGUUUCAUAUGGAA